CCCAAAUUAAGUCGUGGUAAGUAGGCCCAUGAAGGCCUAUAGAAAAUGUCAUCUGAAGACAUAUUCCCCGCAGUGAGCUACAAUAAUACAUAAUUACUACCUUGUUAGAAAUCAGCUGAUCAUCCUGGUGGGGCAGAUGGAGGUGGAAGGGGAGGAGCUAGUAAAGAGGAGGGCAGAUCUGCCUCUGAUAGGGACUCGCAACACUCUGGUUUCAACCCAAUGGAAACCUUGGAGCAGUUGAUGCGUUUUCUUCGCCCCUUUCAACAAGAUGAGGAAGAAGAAGCCAAACCUGAACAGUUAUUGGAAGAUAUCAGUCUAGAAGGGGUGGUCAAGUAUAUGCAGAGUGAUAAAUGCAAGAACAUCAUUGUAAUGACCGGAGCAGGAAUUUCAACAUCGGCUGGCAUACCCGAUUUUCGAUCGCCAGGAACUGGUCUCUAUGACAACUUGGAGAAGUAUAAUCUCCCAGAGCCAAUGGCAAUAUUUGACAUUAACUACUUCAGGGAGAGACCUGAGCCAUUUUUUUAUUUGGCCAAGGAGCUGUAUCCUGGGAAAUUCAGACCCACUCCAUGCCAUUACUUUAUUCGACUUUUGGCCGACAAGAGGUUGCUAUUGAGGAAUUAUACACAGAAUAUAGACACCUUGGAGAGAAUUGCUGGGGUUCCUGGAGACUUAAUGGUUGAAGCUCAUGGGACCUUUCAUACAGGACAUUGUAUUGGAGACUGUGGCAAAGAAUACACCCAACAAUGGAUGAAAGAUGAAAUUUUUGCUGACAGACUCCCUAAGUGUACUGACUGCGAGGGCUUAGUCAAACCAGACAUCGUUUUCUUUGGAGAGCGAUUGCCAGUAAGGUUUUCCCAUCUUGUCAUGGAGGAUUUUCCAAAGUGUGAUUUGUUAAUUGUCAUGGGAACUUCAUUGGUUGUGCAGCCAUUUGCUUCUCUAAUUGAAAGAGUUCCAGCUACAACACCAAGACUUCUGAUUAACAAGGAAAAAGCAGGAGAGGGAAUUCCAAGGUUACGAGGACUAGGAUUAUUUACUGGUGGCUUCGACUUCGAUUCUCAAAACAAAUACAGAGAUGUGGCUUACCUUGGUACUUGUGAUGAUGGAUGUAACAAACUGGCUGAGAUGCUUGGAUGGAAGGAUGAACUGGACGAAUUGGUAACAUCUAGUCACAAAGAAAUAGACGGACAACAUGAAUCUUCAUCGUCUGAAAAGCCAAGCAAAGGCGAGACUAAAUCUGAAACACAGAAGACAUCACUGCCAAAGUCAGAGACUACAAGCAAAUAAGAUACUGAACCAUCUUUGUUACUUAAAGAUAUUUACUGAUAGGCUUCUCACAAUGACGUCAAACUUUGUUUACUCGUGCACUUUCCUAUCCGGUUUGUAAGUGACUUAAUGAUACAUGCGCACGCACCACUGAUGACAAGCCUUCAUUACAUGAGCCUUCAAGUUGAGCGUUAUCUUCCAGUUCCAUGGUUCAACGUAGGUCUAUGUGCAGUGGGCGUAGUUUAAACUGAAGUGACCCCACGCUUACAAACCAGAUGGCAAUGAGGUGGGCCUUGAUCCAUAGCCCCCUUGAGAAAAUGCACGCAGAAACAAAGAGUGAUAUCAUUAUGUUAAUAGCUGGAUAUUAUUCCAUUAAGACUAGCCUUGGUUUGGUCAUUGCCUGUUAUAUCUAACCCUCAACUGAACACAGUGUUGUUCAAGACGUUUAAGGUGAAGUCCAGUGAUUAUUUUGAAGAGGAAGGGUUUAUAUUUGUCGUAAACUCUGUUUAGACACUCUCCAAUGUAACAGGUUUGAGAUGCAUGCUGCCAAGCUUGAAAAUAAAAGGGAAAAACAAAGAGAACAAAGGGUGUAUGUCAUAAGUGCUUAAUGGUUUGAAUUCACCAAUUCUGGUAGAUACGAACUCAAGUCGGUAAUUGUCUGGGUUUAGUCUGGCUUCACUGCUGUGUAUACUGUGUUACAUACAGCAUGUGGUAAAAUAACAUCAUGCAGAAAUGGUCAGUGCAACUCACCCCCAGUAUGCAUGUGAGUCAUCUACCAAUGACCAACUUAAAUAAUCUGCCAGCUCCUGGGAACCUGCUACCAAUAUUGUAUGGAGUAGUCUGAUUGGCUCAGAAUGAUGACAUUAUGAAUAUUCAUUUUUGGCACAAUUUAAUUGGUUUAGAAUGAAAGUAAUGUAAAUAUUCAAGCCUUGCUGUGUGCCCAUGUACUUGCACACAUGCUGCUUUCACAACAGAAAUUGUCUACACUUCCAUCCACAACAUUGUUUGUUCAUCAUUUCUUUUGAUUUUUUGUCGUUCAAAUAACACAGUGGAGGUGUUAGAGUAAGGAAUUACCAAAAAGCAAAGAGUUCUGUUGGCCAUGGCUUGAGAAAACCAGGAUUUUGAGUACUCUGAAACCCAAACAAGCUGAGGUAAUCAUGAGAUUUCUACCAGACGCGUACAUGUAGGUGAAAUACCUGAUUGGUCCUGUCUGUAGGAAGGUUUAUGCAGAGGCUAUUAGCUUGCUGCUUACUUGAAUAUCUUCCCUCAGUCAUAUUGGUCAAGUUUGACAUGUUGGAUUGCAAAAUGUUAAACAGAAGGCUUAGUAUUAACAUUAAUGAUGCAGUACUGAUGACAUAAAAGGAUAAACACGACUUUUUGAUGACUUGAUUUCAAGUCCAUGAUCUUGACAGUACAGCAUUAUUUGAAAAGUUGACAGUCAACACUAACAGUGCUGUUGGGAAACAAUUAUUAAAAAAAUAUACUGUGGAUGGUCAAUUAUAUGUCUUGUUGGCGGGAUAAAUGUACUGCCAGCAUGACAUAUUAUGUUAUGUUAAGUUUGUUUUCAUGUUUAAUCAUUAUUCUAUUCAUAAGGCAUAGAUUUUUGUUUAGUUGUAAGAUACAAAUUUUAUGCAUCUGGUUUCUAUUACAAUCACUUCCAUAUUUUUGUGUAAUAUUUGAAAGCUAUUUUAUGAUAAUUUAAAUCUUUUCAGAAAUCUGGUGGCAUAAAUGAUUUAAAUUUUUUGAACAGAAUGCUGGAUUUAGGCAAGAGUGUGAGGGGUCAAUGAACCUUCUUAGUACUGGCAUCUUUCUCUUAAGACGAUGUGUCAAUGUAUCAAUGUUGCAGGUCGCAUAGGUCCCAAUUGAUUGAACCACAUACUUUACAGAAAUUUCAUGAAUAUUUUACAUUUUUUGGGAGAGGAUUCAAUACCAUUGCCAAAAUUAUGAUUAUGGAUUGAAGUUUGGUAUGAGAGCAGAAGAAAUCAUAUACAUCAAAACAAUAGUGCAAUUCAGAUACAUUAAGUAGAGCAAUUCUAAAGCAGUAAAUAUAAAGUCUAAAUUUGUAAUAGAUAAAUGUGUUGAAAACUUAAAAAUUUGUAUAACCCACUUGUAUGUAAAUAAAUUGUUUCCAACUUUGGUAAAAAUUAAACAGUGGUGAUAGUGGAAGUCGGA